GUGUGAAAAGAGUAAUUUUGAAGAGAAAAGAGAAAAGAGUAAUUCAAGAACAGCGAAGCUCUGAACCUGAGUUUCCUCCAUCAUCGGAGAUUCAUCCUUCGCCGCCGGGAAAUCCGACUGCUCAUGUUUAGAUUUGGUCCUAGCUAGAGUUUUUUUCCUGUGGAGCAGCGAGAUAGUACUGGAACUCGGAUUCGAAGAAAGUAUUGGACCGGGAUGAAAGAGCAGGGGGGAAGUUAUGUGCCGCCGCGUUAUGUCCCGUUAGGACAAUCGGAUACAGAUGUGGAAGCAACUCCGGACAGGGAAGUUGCUGUUUCCGGAUGCAAUAGCGAAGACCUGAAACAAUGGUCAUCGGGUAUAUGCGCGUGCUUUGACGACAUCCAGAGCUGCGUUAUAGGUCUGUUCUGUCCAUGUUACAUCUUUGGCAAAAACGCAGAGUUUCUGGGGUCGGGAACGUUUGCAGGAUCAUGCCUAACUCACUUUAUCAUGUGGGCUUUCGUAAACACCAUUUGCUGUUUGGCAACCGAUGGCAUGUUGCUUGGUUUACCCGGAUGCCUUGUUUCUUGUUAUGCCUGCAGCUACCGGAGAGCGCUAAGGGCAAAGUAUAAUUUGCAGGAAGCUCCAUGUGGGGAUUUCGUAACACACUUCUUCUGCCACUUGUGCGCUCUUUGCCAAGAGUACAGAGAGCUCCGGGAACGAGCUAGCGAUGGCAAUCUUCCUGACAUGAAGAUGACUGUUGUCACUGCACCAUCUAUCCAGACGAUGGAAUCAGCUUCUUCAUCAGAAUAAGUCGGAAACUUCACCUCUUUUACAAUAACAGAGUUCGGCUUCUGUUGUCCUAUAACUACCACCAUUGACCCGAAUAGUUCCAGAAAUACACAUGAACAGCAACUCUUCAACGAGUUCCUUUUUCAUUUUUGGUCACCAUGUAUAUCUAAGAAUGCUUCACUGAUGAUGGAAAUUACAGAAGUUAGAUCA